UGUAUGAAGGUUCAGGGAGGGAGGGACGCUCGUAGAAAACCCUGACACGCUAGCUUCAUCAGAGUAGCUGCAAGGCAAUUAACGUACAGCAGCGACGCACCGAAAGAGGGUGGCCACCGAAACUAAUCAAAAGGGCCGUCCAGCACCUGAACCAUCAAUCGGGUUUAUGAGUUAAGGCGAUCAAUCAGCCUGCGGUUAACCUUCGGUGAUACGCGGAAGCGUAAUUCAACGUCAACGGGUCUUUUGACUUAUUAUCGGUGACAACAUGGCUGAAUGUAACGUUAGCAUCGACAAGAAUAAACUACCUGGAGUGAAAGAGGUGUGCCGAGACUUUGCUGUGCUGGAGGACCACUGCCUGGCCUACAACCUUCAGGAGCAAGAAAUCGAGAGCCACUUGGCGUCAAACGUCAACAAGAGCCGUCUGGUGCAGAAAGACUUGCAGGUGGCCAAGAAGCUGCAGGAGGAGGAGGAUCAGAGGGCCAAGGUCCAGACCCAGAAACAGCAUGUUGAAAUUGAGCGUCAAGACAUUGAGAUCGCCCAGGAAAUUCAGGAUCAACUGGUCCGACAGGCAGAACAACAGCGACAACAGGAAGAGAAGGAUGCGGCCAUCGCUCGUAAGCUGCAGGAGAAGGAGAUGAAAGAGGAAAAGAGGAGACAGAAGCAGCUGGAAGCAAACUUUGAGGAGGAGUACUUUGAGGAUCACGGAGCUGCACGAAGACCCCUUGACUUGGACAAACCCGCUCGUCACAAGUCCCCAGGCAGACACGAUGCCUAUGCUCCAGUGAGCUCACAUAGGGAUCACUCCCCAGAUUAUAGCUCAACAGAGCCCAAAAGGAGCAGGUACCCAAGGCAGGACCCAGCAGCACCCCACAGCCGCUCCAGAUACCCUGAGCACUACCUAGUGGCAGAAGGGGGGCGAAGCAGACAUGCAGAUCCAUAUCCAGAGCACCUGCUGCCCUCUAGAGCCAAGCAUGGGGACAGGUACCCACAUUAUGAGCCCACAGAGACUGGCAGAGCCAGGGGCCCAAGCUGGGAGGACACAGAGAGAGUGGUGAGGAGGAAGGAAAGACCAGGCAGACCACCUCCACCACAAAGCCAAGUAGAUAGAGACAAGGCUUGGGACAAAAAUCGGGAUAGGCAACAUAACCGAGACAGGGGCAGAGACCCAGAAUGGGAGAGGCAUAUUGGCAAGGAGCAGAGGAGAGACAGGGAGCAGGACCUCAGGGGGGCAAGAGCAGCAGGAAGAGACAGAGAAAGAUCCAGAGAGAGAGGACUGAGUGGGGACAGACAAAGAGAAAGAGACAGGCAGAGACAGACAGACAAAGACAGGCAACGAGUGAGAACCAGGAGCAUGGAGAGAGGACUUGACGACGAGCCUGGGCACAGCAGGGACUGGCCGAGGGAGGGCAGGGCUUCUUGGGAGGAGGAAGGGGAUGAUGGUGAGAGGGAGAGAAGGGCUGGGGGCCGUCAGCGCGUCCACUCCGGCCCUGACGAGGUGUUUGAUGAGCUGGAAGAGCAGGGUGAGGGUCCUGGCAGGGAACGCAGUCAUUCUCACCCCAGCGAAGAUACAGGUCGUAUCGUGCACCGAGUGAGUGGGGCAGUGGUAGCAGAAACGGAGUACGGAGUGAGCGAGGCCACCAAAGGGCUGACAAAGCUUGAUAUCCGUGAGCAGGAACUGAAGGACAUGGAGGUGGCCAGAAAACUGCAAGAGGAGGAAAUCAAGGCCAGCAAGAUGCAUGUGCGUGCAGCUCAAGUGGCACAGGAUGAGGAAAUCGCCCGACUGAUAAUGGAACAAGAGAAGAAGGAGUACAAGAGGAAUCGAGAGCGGGAGCAUGACAGAGAGCGGGAGAAAGACAAGGAGCGGGAGAGGGACAGGGAGAGGUUGGCCAUGGAGAGGAUGGCAAUGGAAAGGAGGCGGGCAGAGGGAGACUACAGGCCAAACUCAGAGGAAGUAGUGCGGCCCCGAACACGAGACGAGUAUGAAUACCAGAGGCAGAGGAACCACAAGCCUGCUAGGCCUCCUCAGCCUCGUGCACCAAACUAUGAGAAUGUGAACUCUGGUGGCUACGGCUACAUGGACCACGCUGUUCCGCCUCGCGCUCCCACUAGACCUGAGGCUGCUUACAAAGGUGCCUAUUACAAGCGGUGACUCAGGCUCUCCACCAUGUCCAGACAUGUUGUCAAUCCUCCUUCGUCCCCCCUUUUUUUUCUUAUUUAUCUUUUUAUUUUUAACCAUUCACACUCUGUUGACCAAAAGCCUUGGGACAAUCUAAUGAGUUGGCAAUGGGAUU